CGGACGGAAGUGGGCGACAACCGGAAGUGAACUGUCUUGGCGGCCGCCAUGUUGUUUUGAUGGGAUCCUCCAAGAAGCACAAGGAGCGGGAACGGGCCGUGGACGAUGGCGGCGGCGGUGGUGGCGGCGGCGGUGGGGCCGUGGCCCGGCACAAGAAACACAAGCACAAGGAGCGGGGCGACCGGCGGAAGCGGAGGAGCCGGAGCCGCUCCCGGGAGCGGGGGGACCAGCAGCAGCAGCAGCAGCAGCAGCCGCAGCGGCGGCGGCCGUUGGAGCGGGAGCGGGACCGGGAGCGAGAGCGCAGGCCCGAGUCCGAGCGGAGGCUCAAGCGCGAGAGGCCGGACGAGGAAGGUCCCACGGGGCCGAAGUCCGCAGGGGGCGAUGCUUCCCUCAGCGUAGAAGAAACCAACAAACUCCGAGCCAAACUCGGCCUGAAACCUUUGGAAGUCAACGAGACCAAAAAAGGUGAGUGCGGAACGAGAGGUGGGUCUGUAUUUACCUCCUCCCCCCACCACACACACACACACACCCGCCAGAAACCGUCCAGUG